GGCCUCGCCACUCCACUGCAGCAGCAGCAGCCCAGCGCCCGAACCGCCGCACACACGCAGCGCCAACCAACUAAACCGCCACCCAUCAACACCGGGGAAGCAAUGACGUCGCCGGCGAAGGCAAUGGUGGCGGCCGCGGCAAUGCUGCUGCUCCUGUCGACGGCGGCCGUGGCCCAGCACAACUACGGCGACGCGCUCCACAAGAGCAUCCUCUUCUUCGAGGGCCAGCGGUCCGGCCGCCUCCCGCCCGACCAGCGCGUCCGCUGGCGCCGCGACUCCGCGCUCAACGACGGCGCCACCGCUGGGGUGGACCUGACGGGCGGGUACUACGACGCGGGCGACAACGUCAAGUUCGGGUUCCCGAUGGCGUUCACGACGACGCUCAUGUCGUGGGGGCUCAUCGACUUCGGCAAGAACUUCGGGUCGCACGGCGGGGAGGCCCGGGCGGCGGUGCGGUGGGCGACGGACUACCUGAUGAAGGCGACGGCGACGCCCAACACGGUGUACGUGCAGGUGGGGGACGCCUUCCACGACCACUCGUGCUGGGAGCGGCCCGAGGACAUGGACACCCCGCGCACCGUCUACAAGGUGGACCCCCAGCACCCGGGCUCCGACGUCGCCGCCGAGACCGCCGCCGCCCUCGCCGCCGGCUCCAUCGUCUUCCGCGAGGCCGACCCGGCCUACUCCAAGCGCCUGCUCGACCGCGCCAUCUCCGUGUUUGAGUUCGCGGACAAGUACCGUGGGGCGUACAGCAGCAGCCUGUACUCGGCGGUGUGCCCCUGCUACUGCGACUACGACGGGUACCAGGACGAGCUGCUGUGGGGGGCGGCGUGGCUGCACAAGGCGUCGCGCCAGCGCGUGUACCGCGACUACAUCAAGAAGAACGAGGUGGCGCUCGGCGCCAGCGACUCCAUCAACGAGUUCGGCUGGGACAACAAGCACGCCGGCAUCAACAUCCUCAUCUCCAAGGAGGUGCUGAUGGGCAAGGACUCCUUCUUCAAGUCGUUCCAGGUGAACGCCGACAACUUCAUCUGUACCCUCCUCCCCGGCAUCUCCAAUCACCCCCAGAUCGAGUACUCCCCAGGUGGCCUUCUGUUCAAGGUGGGCAACAGCAACAUGCAGCACGUGACGUCGCUGUCGUUCCUGCUGCUCGCCUACGCCAACUACGCCAGCCACGCCAACGUGCGGGUGCCGUGCGGCGGCUCCUCCGCCUCGCCGGUCGUGCUCCGCCGCGUCGCCAAGCGCCAGGUGGACUACAUCCUUGGCGACAACCCGCUGCGCAUGUCGUACAUGGUGGGGUACGGGGAGCGGUUCCCGCGGCGGAUCCACCACCGCGGCAGCUCGCUGCCGUCGGUGUCGGCGCACCCGGCCCGGAUCGGAUGCAAGGCCGGCGCGGCCUACUACGGCAGCAGCGCGCCCAACCCGAACCUGCUCGUGGGCGCCGUGGUGGGCGGGCCCAGCAACACCAGCGACAACUUCCCAGACGCGCGGGCCGUCUUCCAGCAGUCCGAGCCCACCACCUACAUCAACGCCCCGCUGCUGGGCCUCCUCGCCUACUUCUCCGCCCACCCCAACCUGCCCCAGUCCGAUGGCACCGACUGAAGAAAUGUGGUUGAAGUGGCCUCUUUAGCUGUGGUGGGCCGAGGAAGGAAGGAAGCCUGGUUGGUGGUCCUUGUUUUGUAUGGGCUGCAGUGGGCUGAUUCGUCCUGUUGCUUUGCUGCCCCUGCAUUAUUAUUUCUACUACUACGUGUAACGGAUGCCGCUCCUUUCCUGUAAAAAAUGGCAGGAAAAGGAUCGGUCGUGCCAAGACAAGCAAUAUAUCUCCAUCUACUACUACUAUA